AUGUAUGAGAGGCUCUGGUGGCAGAAAGAAGGGGCUCCUCUGCUGCCUCACCCACAGCCUGGAGGCAAACUCUUGGUCUUAGCAGCCACGUAUGAAGUCCUGAGGGACAUUAUGCCCUCUUUUGGGGCACAGGAGCCUAACAUGUCAAAGACUGUGGUCCGCAGUGUGGCAGGCUUUGCCCUGGGCUUGUCCUUGGCCACAGCCUAUGGGCUGUUAGAGCUGCUGGUGGAAGGGCGCAGCCCCUGGGGCUGCCUGGUGGGCACCCUCUCUUUGGCUGCCUUCCUUGGCCUGGGCAUGGGCUUCUUUCGCCAGGUCCGCGUCAGUGUCCUCCUGCUGUUGCCCCAGGCAUUUUCCAAGCAGGGCCGGACACUGCUGUUGGUGGCUGCCUUUGUGUUGGUCCUACAAGGCCCUUGUGCCAACACCCUGCGAAACUUCACCCGUGCCAGUGAGGCUGUGGCCUGUGGGGCCGAACUGGCCCUGAACCAGUCCGCUCAAGUGCUGCAGCGGGCCAAGCAGCCCCUUGUCAGUGCCUUGAACAAGAUUAAAGCCAUAGCCCGGAAGGCCAAAGAGGUGGCUGACCGAGUCAGAAAGUUCUUCCGCUCAAUCAUCGAUGGGGUAAAGCAUAUAGCCAGGGCCCUGCGGAGUGUGUGGUACUGGCUUCUGCACAUUGGAGACGUGUGCAAUUCAGAGCUGGGCAGUCCUUACUCCAAGUGCUCUGGGAUCUUCGAGAAUGCCAAGGACGACUGCAUGAAGGUCAUCCCGCAGGCCUACCACCUGUGCUAUGUGCUUAUGCCCUUCAAGCUGGUGCUCUGUGGACUUGUCAGCGUGGCCCAGGUGUUCUGCAUCAUCCCCAAGUACAUCCAGCCCUUUUUGCGCAAGACUAUUGGAACCCCGGUGAUGAAGAUGAUUAAUCGAGUGCGUCAGGAAUUUGAAUUCAAUGUAACAGCCACCCAUCACUUCUCUGUGAAUCUCAAUGCCUCUCGGAGCCUGUCCCAGGUUGCUCUGGACAUCAAGGAGGCUGUCAGCCUGAAGCUGCACCACAUCCGAGAAGCCCUGGUGCUGAUGGGCUACACCACACCUCUGCUGCUCACGUUUCUCUACCUCCAAGCCCUGUUCUACCGGUACUGUUACCUGAACUGGGAUAAUUUUGACAAUAUCUACAUCACCAGCCGCUUCCUGCGCAUGGAGGCUGUCCGCUCCAUGGCUGGACUGCCCACGGUGUUGCCGCUCAGUGCACAUGAGGCCAGUUACUACAUCCAACCUGGCUCGCUCUCUCUGUCCCACUGGGAGCGGAUAUUUUACAUUCUGGCCCUCUUCAGCCUCAUUCGACAGCUCCUCCUUGUGCUGCUCCUGAUUUUCCUGGACUAUGCGGUCUUCUGGGUGCUCGACUUGGCCCAGCACCACCUACAGGGGGAGAUUGUGGCCCGUAGCCCUGUGUUGAUCUCCAUAACUGUGGAAGGGGAAGGCUAUACUGGGAAGAUUUUUCGUGAUCUGGCUUCGGCAUUUAACAUUCUGCAACAAGGCAACAUCACUGUCUUGUCCAAACGCUGCCUCCUACGCCCCUCGGAGCCUGAACCUUCCAGUUACAUAGUCAUUGGCAGCAUGUAUGGCCUCUGCUUCUUCGUCACUCUAUUUGGUACUUAUAUCAGCCGGCUGCGGUGGCUCAUCUGUGCCUCCUACUACCCAUCCCGGGAGCAGGAGAGGAUUUCCUACUUGUACAACAUACUGCUGAGUCGCCGAGUCAACCAGUCCUCUGCCCUGCAGCGAGCAGUGAGGCGGCGGGUGGCUGACGAGGAGCCCAAGAGCGUCCUCCAUGUGCUCAGCAGCCGGUUCCCUUUCCUGGCUCGAUUUCUCAGUCCCUUUCAGUCACACCAGGCGUACUGCUUGGGCUGUGGGCAGUCCCAUGAUGAAGCGGACAUGGAGAACUUUGUGUCCUGCAGUACCCCAGGCUGCCGAGGUCUCUUCUGCACCACUUGUUUCCGUCUCCUGGGCAACACCUGUUCUGUGUGUGCAUCUCCUCUCUCCUACCAGGCGGAGCUGGACCUAGAGCUGGACUCCAGUGAUGAGGAGCAUUCUCCUCUGUGGCUGCCUUCAGCUCCAGAAGAAGACCCUAAGAAACAGUGGCUACUGCAGCCACAGCUCCAAGAUGCAAGAGGCAGGAGUAUUUCCUCAGCCUCCAGCGAGGAGUCCAGUGACCUGGAUGAGGACAAGGUGCCUUACCAGAGGCAGCAGCCUCUACCCGAAUCCCUUCAGUCUGCUAGCAUUUCCGUGACUUUUCAACACCACUGA